AUGGGAGAAAAACUGACUGCACAUAAACUAGCCGGCACAUGGGAUAUGGUAGAUUUACCACCUGGAAAACCUGUUGUGGGAAGUCACUGGGUCUAUAAGUUCAAAACGAAAUCAUAUGGUACCUUAGAACGUUGUAAAUCACGUGUGGUUUCUCAAGGAAAUACACAACAGUAUGGGAUUAAUUGUGAAGAGACUUUCGCUCUUGUUGCUCAUAUGACAAUUGUAGUACACUUCUUGCAGCGGCUACUUCAAAUCCCAUAUGACUCAGCAAUGUUCAUCAGAAAAUCUGAAAAAGGAAUUGUACUUCUUCUCUUAUAUGUUGAUGAUAUGGUUAUCACAAGCAGUGACUCAGAAGGUAUAAAAUCUCUAAAAUCUCAUCUGAAUUCGUGCUUUCAAAUGAAAUACCUUGGUCACUUAAGAUAUUUUCUUGGCAUAGAAGUUAAUAGAUCAUCUGAAGGUUACUUUAUAUCUCAAGUUAAGUAUGCUUCUGAGAUUUUUAAUCGAGAUGGACUAACAGAUAGUAAGGUUUCAGAAACACCUUUAGAACUGAAUGUUAAGCUCAAUCCUAUUGAUGGAAAAGCUCUGUCAGACCCAACUUUGUAUAGACAACUAGUGGGCAGUCUCAAUUAUCUGACUAUAACAAGACUGAAUAUUAGCUAUGCAGUUCACAUUGUAAGUCAAUUCAUGUCAGCUCCUCGUACCACACAUUUUGCUGCAAUUUCCAGGAUUUUAAGAUACAUCAAAGGAACAUUGUAUAAAGGAUUACAAUUCUCUUCUAAGUCAGACCUACGCCUUCAUGCAUAUACAGACUCAGAUUGGGCAGGGGAUGUAACAGACAAAAGAUCCACAUAUGGUUAUUGUAUAUUCCCAGGCAACUCUCUAAUCUCUUGUCAUAGUAAGAAAUAG